AUGUCGAGUUACGACGACAAGCCACCAAACUAUAGUCCCGGGCCUGUCUCGGCAGUUAGCCCCAACAGUCCGGACCCAUGCUACGAUCAUGAUGCCAACGCCCCCGAAGUUGUUGAGCUCAUGUCGCCUUUAGACGCCAACUCAGUACAAGGCUUACACUACGGGCAACAGCGCUUCCAGGAUCACACGAGCGCUCAUUACACACACCAGAAUACAAACAGCGAGGACAAUGGUGGGAAUGCGACGGAUAAGGAGGUAGUGCCCGCAGAGUACGCAACAUGCCAAAAUCUAGAGAGCGCAAUAGCGCCAGCAGGGAACACGCCGAGCGUUUCGCCGCAUCAACCAUGGCAAGCGCAGAAAGCGGCAGACGCUCCGCUCCCUCCGUUACCCAACAAAGGAGGAAGAAUCCUAGGCUUGAAGCGCGGCGUCUUUUUCAUCUUGCUCGGGCUUUUGCUUGCUGUCGUGGUUGCCGCAGUCGUCGGUGGUGUUGCGGGAGGAGUCAUCUCUUCAAAGUCAAAGUCCUCAUCGGACGCAAAUACUGCCUCGACCCCAGUACCGACGCCAUCCACACCAACAGCCUCAUCUACUGCCUCCUCUGCAAGCGCAUCUGCGACUCCCUCAGCCACGUUUUUGUACAACGAGACGUCGUUUGAUCAGGGCUUUGCAUUCCAGGGGUUCUCUAGGAACAAGUUUAGCGGCGCAUAUACUGCCAUCGUUCGGGACAAACAAGGCGGCAUAGACUUUGACUUCGACAUUCACAGCUACGACUGGGUUGCCAAAAUUACCAACUGCUGUGUUUCGUUUUGCAACAACGCCACCAGGGAGGGAUGGAUGGGAUACACGUGCGAUUCGAGACACAGGGAGGCGGCUGAGGAAUCCUUUGCAAGAGCCUUUAUUUGGUGCUCCGAUAACCACACGACUCCAUACGCACGGGGGAAGUGUGUGUAA